CACCGGCCGACAACGUCAAAGCGACUGGGUGGGAAAAAGAGAAGCAGCACUCCAGAAAACAUCAAAACCGUAACGACAUAUUUUUUUUUACUAUUAUUGCGCGGUUAUUAAUGGUAAUACCAUGAAUAGUAAUCAAACAGUAGAAUAGCCAGUAUUAUCUUACACAAUACUCGCCUGCUAGCUUGAGUAAUCAAGACAACAGAGUUGAGUGUGGAGACCAUUCGGGACUCCAGUUUAGUAAAUAUUGUUGGUGACAGGGUAAAGGUUUGACUAUGUAUAUGUAAGUAGGCUUGCACAAACCUGUAAGUGAUACAGGACGGAACGGUAGAUAGAGAAGAGCGUCACACGCUCAUAUCCUAACCGGAGGGAGGACGUAAACGCGCGACGCGGAUUUAUCAGUGCUUUGGCACGAUCGCUUGUCAAUACAUCAGGGCUGAAACUCUAGCGACGCACAAAAACAACAAACAUUAUUUCCAUUGGGAGAAUAUCCCCCAAAAACCCAAAAAGCACAACAAGGGGGGCAAAUUCAACGUAACACUUGAAGACGAAAGGAAAGACAAAAGGGGCAGACCAAAACCGGCGAAUGAAGAACAGAAGAUAACAAACCAUAUAUUGGAGUAUUCUAGACUUUGAAAACAUUUGGAUAUUUUCAAAACCGAGCUAUUUCCCACUGGUAUUUGUUUCGGGGCAAUAUCGAAGGCAACAUCUUAUGUAUGCGUGUGUGACUAUAACGUCAACCUAGCUGGACAAAGAGAAGCGCCCCCAUACAUUGACAUACAGUCCCACUAUACCCACAGUAGGGUUAAACAAAGGAGCCCGACGUAAAGACUGUUACUGUUGAUGCACAUUAGUGUUUCAAAUUUGCACAGACGGCCCCAGGACUACAUCCUAAACAGAAGACCCGCUCUCUUCCAGGUCCCCGAGUCCUGUUCAUCCCCCAGUCCGCUGUUUUAGUGUCUGUCCCCGGGCGCUUCGGCUGCACCCCCCGCGCAACGUCCCGAUGAAGGAGGCCGACGCAAUUAAACUGUUUAUCGGGCAGAUUCCCCGAAAUCUGGAGGAGAAAGAUCUGAAGCCCAUCUUCGAGCAGUUCGGGAAGAUCUAUGAGCUGACGGUGAUAAAGGACAAAUACACUGGAAUGCACAAAGGGUGUGCGUUCCUGACCUACUGUGCGCGGGAGUCUGCACUGAAGGCGCAGAGUGCCCUACAUGAGCAGAAGACACUUCCAGGGAUGAACCGGCCCAUCCAGGUGAAGCCAGCUGACAGUGAAGGCAGAGGAGAAGACAGGAAGCUCUUUGUGGGCAUGCUGGGGAAGCAGCAGUCGGAUGAGGACGUGAGGAAGAUGUUCGAGCCGUUCGGCACCAUCGACGAGUGCACAGUCCUGCGAGGGCCCGACGGCACCAGUAAAGGCUGCGCGUUUGUGAAGUACCAGAGUCACGCCGAGGCGCAGGCUGCCAUCAGCACUCUGCACGGGAGCCGCACCCUGCCGGGGGCCUCCUCCAGUCUGGUGGUGAAGUUUGCCGACACGGAGAAGGAGCGGGGUCUGAGGCGCAUGCAGCAGGUGGCCUCCCAGCUGGGGGUCUUCAGUCCCAUGACCCUCCAUUUCGGGGCCUACAGCGCCUACACGCAGGCCCAGCUGGUGCAGCAGCAGGCUCUGGUUGCCCAGUCCACGUACCUGUCUCCCGUGGCAACGGUCGCCGCGGUGCAGCUGCAGCAAAUGGCCGCCAUCAACGCCAAUGGCAUCAUCGCCACGCCCAUCACGUCCAUCGCCCCCUCCUCGGGUACGAACACGCCCCCCGCCAUCGCAGCCACACCCGUUCCUGCCCUGCCUCCACCAAUCGGAGUCAACGGCUACAGCGCGUUGCCACCCACACCCAAUGGGCAGCCAGCUUCUGAGACACUGUACACCAAUGGGGUUCACCCGUACCCAGCUCAGAGUCCUGUAGCAGCAUUGGAUCCUUUACAGCAGGCAUAUGCAGGCAUGCAGCACUACACAGCGGCUUACCCAGCUGCUUACGGAUUGGUCGGCCAGCCCUUUCCACAGCAACACACCCUGGUUGCUCAGCAACACCAGCAGCCCCAGCAACAACAGCAGCGAGAAGGCCCAGAGGGCUGCAACAUCUUCAUCUAUCACCUGCCCCAGGAGUUCACCGACUCAGAGAUGCUGCAGAUGUUCCUGCCCUUCGGAAACGUCAUCUCCGCCAAGGUGUUCGUUGACCGCGCCACCAACCAGAGCAAGUGCUUCGGCUUUGUGAGUUUUGACAACCCCGCUAGCGCCCAGACCGCCAUCCAGGCCAUGAACGGCUUCCAGAUCGGCAUGAAGAGGCUGAAGGUCCAGCUGAAGAGGCCCAAGGAUGCCAACCGACCCUACUGAGACCCAGGAGACGGAGACAGGUGGAGAUCAUGAGGGGUUGCAGUGAAGAACUCACUGGGGAGUCCGUGUUCUGACUUGCCGUUAACGCUUAGCGUACAAAUGCACUGGCCACACAACGUCAUAAUCACACCGUACGACUCGAAUCACAAAUAUCAAUACAUGUAUACUGACUCAAUGCAUACGCAGCAACAAAGAAAUUAAUACAUACUGUACUUUCAAGAUUUCUCUCUCUCUCGCUCUCUCUCACACACACAGCUGUCCAUGCUCAAAUCAACCACACAAAAACAUAUCAGUUUACUUGCCUAGAAAAGAAGAAUUUGGUUUGAUUGAUGCGUUUAGUUAGUUGUGGAAGGUGUAAUAAUUUGUGGAGAAGGAACGUGGCGUAAUUGGGCUGGAGAUGAGACCGUUGGGAUUAAAAAGUGGAAUUAUGAAAUAUAAUGUAUUACUGCUUUUGGUCUAUCAUGUUGUGAGUUCGCAUCUCUACCUAUAAAGAAAAGAAAAAAAUGAACUACUUAAAAGGACUUCAAGAAAAAAAAGAAGACACUUCUAACUGUAAAUAAUUUAGUUUACGAAAAUAAGUUUAAAAAACAACAAAAAUGCAAAAUAAACAUUAUUAUUAUUAUUAUUAUUAUUAUUAUUAUUAUUAUUAUUAUUAUUAUAGGAGCAUAGCAUAGGGGUUGAAAAAGCAACAAAUAUCAAAUUGCAAUGUAGUUUUUUUUAGCUGUUGGUACAUUGUGGGAGGGAAGAAAUUGGGGGAAUUUUAAUAUUUGAAAUAUUUUUUAUUUGUUAAUUUAUUUAUUAAGAAGGGAAAGGGGCAAUUUUUAUUUAAGAUUUUUAGAGAAUCAAUUUUGAGGUCUGUAUAUUUCAGACUUUAAUUGAAAAAAAAUAUAAGUAUGAAUUAAUCAUUAUACUGAUUGAUAUUUCUUAUUUAUGAAUUGAUGUUUUUGAUCCUCUCUUUUUAAGUUAAAAUAAAAAAACAUGAGCAUUAA